AUUAGUGAUCGAGUUAUACAAUAUUAGGGUUAUAUUAGGGUUAUUCCUAAAUUACUAAAAGUAAAUGACACUUCUUUAAUGGUCCGACUUAAUUUUACUAAUCUUGAUUAUAUAACCCAACUCAGACCCGACCAAACAAAAAAACAUCGUUAACGUGUAACAACACAGAGCCACACACAGGUGCGAUUGUGUUCCACGCUCUUUCCAUUGACGCGUAGAGAUACCUUUGUCUCUCUUCUCUCUCACCAUUUAACUUUUUCAUCAUUUUCACAAUUUCUUCAAUGAAGCUUCGUUCUCCUCUUGAUUUGAUCUCUUCGAAAAACGACGAAUCAAACAAACCCUAGAACCAAUGAUGAUUAUAAAUACGAACCUGGAACUGGAAGAGAAAGAAUCAACCUUGUGAAAACAAAAACAAAAAACCUUUUGAUUCUCCCUCGAUUCUUCUUCUAAAAGCCAUGAAACCGAUUCAAUCUCCUCCUGGAGGAGUAGCUUCACCUACCAAGAACCGUUCACGCAAACGUCCUGACCUAAGCUUACCACUCCCACACCGCGACGUCGCUCUCGCCGUACCUCUCCCUCUCCCACCACCCUCCUCCUCUUCUUCCGCUCCGGCGUCGUCAUCUGCGAUCUCAACCAACAUCUCCGCCGCGAAAAGCUUAUCGGAGCUAGAACGAGUGAACCGAAUCGGAAGCGGAGCCGGAGGAACGGUUUACAAAGUAAUCCACACUCCGACGUCACGUCCUUUCGCUCUCAAAGUGAUUUACGGAAACCACGAAGAUACCGUGAGACGUCAGAUCUGUAGAGAGAUCGAGAUCUUACGAAGUGUUGAUCAUCCAAACGUUGUGAAAUGUCACGAAAUGUUUGAUCAUAACGGUGAGAUCCAGGUUUUGCUUGAGUUUAUGGAUCAAGGUUCUCUUGAAGGAGCUCAUGUAUGGCAAGAACAGGAAUUAGCUGAUCUCUCUCGUCAGAUUCUUAGUGGUUUAGCUUAUCUUCAUCGCCGUCACAUCGUUCACCGUGAUAUCAAACCUUCGAAUCUACUUAUUAACUCAGCUAAGAAUGUGAAAAUUGCUGAUUUUGGAGUGAGUCGGAUCUUGGCUCAAACCAUGGAUCCUUGUAAUUCAUCUGUUGGAACUAUUGCCUAUAUGAGUCCUGAGAGGAUUAACACUGAUUUGAAUCAUGGUCGCUACGAUGGUUACGCUGGAGAUGUUUGGAGCUUAGGUGUUAGUAUCUUGGAGUUUUACUUGGGGAGGUUUCCUUUUAAUGUGAGUAGACAAGGUGAUUGGGCUAGUCUAAUGUGUGCCAUUUGUAUGUCUCAGCCACCGGAAGCUCCGGUGACGGCGUCUCAGGAGUUUCGUCACUUUGUUUCUUGUUGCUUACAGAGUGAUCCUCCUAAGAGAUGGUCAGCUCAACAGCUUUUGCAGCAUCCUUUCAUACUUAAAGCUUCCGGAGGUCCUAAUCUCCGUCAAAUGUUGCCGCCGCCUCGUCCUCUUCCUUCGGCUUCCUAGGGUUUUUACCAUUUUCGUCUUUCUUGUUUUCCGAUUUUUCGUAUUUUUUCCUGACAAUUUUUCCACAAGUUUUGCAUACCCCAAGCAAAGAUAAUGAAAGAGUAGAACAAUGUGGUUUGUGAUUGGGGUAUGAUUCGUCAGGAAGAAACUCAGUUUGUGGUUAGGGUUUAUUGAGUCUUUCUUAUGUUUCUUUUGGGUAAUGAAGAAUGUUUUGCUAGAAAUGGAAAGUAAAAGACAAGAAGAAUUGUUAUGGUUUAUUAUGAGUGACUUUGGCUGGAUUUGCUCAUAUUAUUGUUCAUAUCAGGAAGUAAAUGGAGGAUCUUUCAUUUGUUAAGUCUCAUUAAUAAAGCUUCUUCUUUUAUUUCU